AGAAAUAAUAUGAUUUCUUAUUGUCCAAAGAACACUACUCUUUUACCAAUUUGGUACAAAAAAGGGUUUUCAAUUUGCCUAUAUCAAACCAUUCAACCAAUAACUUUAUUUCUUAUUCCUUUUUUAAUAAUAUCUUUUCAUGGAGUAUCGAGAUUUUAUCGUCGUUAUCAACAGAACAAAAGAGAUGACACUGAAAAAUUAUUAGAAAGCAAAAAAGGGAAACCUGAUUUUGUAAAGCAAAAAAGUUUUCAUGGUUUUUCUUUUUCAAAAUUACCUUUGCCAUUUUUAUAUGCUUUUCAGGUAUUUUUACACAUGUUACAUAUCAUUGUGCCUUUAUUACAUUUACUUUUAAAACUUAUUUUGGAUCAAACUAAUAUAUCUGGAGUAGAUAUUUUUUAUUGUACUUUAAAUACUGGAGCCUGGGUACUUGGACUUCAGGCAUUAAAAAAAGAGAGGUUUAUUUUUUAUAUGACAAAUGUUCACUACCAUUCAGCUUUAAUGGUGAUGUUUUGGGGAAGUGCAUUGUUACUCGAGUUUUUUGUGUUUGUUUCAUGGAAUGGAACCCAGUGGUUUAUACAACAGCAUAAUGACUCAACACAAUAUAUCAAUUUUAUUAUGUUUUGUUUACGUGUUAGUAUCAGCUUUAUUAUAUUUAUCCUUGGUUUCUAUGCUCCUGGUUUGAAGAAGGAUAUUUUUAUAACUGAUAAAGACAGUAAGUUAAAAAGAUCUUGGGAUUUUUCAAGAUUUUGGGAGCGAAGCAAAAAGCUUUGGCCUUUUGUUUGGCCAUCAAGCGGAUGGCUUCGAUUUCGUGUUUUAAUUUGCUUAGGAAUAUUGGUUGCUGGUCGUGUGCUCAAUGUAAUCAUACCUGGACAAUACAGAAAAAUAGUUAACUACUUGUCAGAAAGUCAACCAAAGGAUAACCCAUGGCAGUUAACUGUUGUUUACAUGACAUUAACAUUUCUUCAAGGCGGAGGGGGCAUUGGUUCUAUGGGACUCCUAUCAAAUAUUCAUUCGUAUUUAUGGAUCAAUGUCCAGCAGUUUACAAGUCGUGAAGUGCAAGUUCAACUCUUUGAACACUUGCAUAGUUUAUCACUUCGUUGGCAUUUGCAAAGAAAAACUGGAGAAGUAAUUGGAAUGGUUGAUAGGGGUGCAAGUAGCAUAGAGAAUUUACUUUACUACAUUUUGUUUCAAAUUCUCCCAACAAUUAUUGACAUAAUUGUGGCUGUAGUAUACUUUGGACUUGCAUUUAAUGGUUGGUUUGCUCUGAUUGUUUUUGUUACUAUGAGCUUAUAUAUUAUUGCAACAAUCGUAAUAACUGAGUGGCGAACAAGUUACAGAAGGGAUAUGAAUACCAAAGAUAAUAUACGAAAAGCUGUUGCUGUUGACUCCCUGUUGAACUUUGAAACAGUAAAAUAUUACAAUAACGAACAAUUUGAAGUUGAUAGGUACAACAGCAAAAUUGUUGAUUAUCAGAAAUCAGAGUUUGUUAUGCAAGCAUCGUUAUGUAUUUUGAAUACCACUCAGAAUAGUAUUAUAACUAUUGGGAUGUGUGGUGGAAUGAUUUACUGUGGAAGUUUAGUUGUAGCUGGAAAGUUGUCAGUUGGAGACUUUGUUUUGUUUAUUGCAUACAUCAAACAGUUGUACACACCACUUAAUUUUUUUGGAUCAUUUUAUAGAUUAAUCCAGACAUCUUUUAUUGACAUGGAGAAUAUGUUUGAGUUGUUUGAAGAAGAAGUGGAGGUUGUUGAUAACCCUUCAGCAUUGGUACUUAAUGUUAAACAUGGGUUAGUUGAAUAUAAAGGUGUUCAUUUUCACUAUGAUGAAAGAAAACCAAUUCUAAGAGGAAUCUCGUUUAGUGUUUUACCAGGACAAACUAUUGCUUUGGUUGGUCCAUCUGGUAGUGGAAAGUCAACAAUUAUAAGGUUAUUAUUUCGAUUUUAUGAUGUUUUGGGAGGUUGCAUAUGUAUAGAUGGUCAAGAUAUCAGAGAGGUAACUCAGAAAUCUUUACGACAAUCAAUUGGUGUGGUACCUCAAGAUACAGUUCUGUUUAAUGACACUAUAAAGUAUAAUAUUUCAUAUGGAAGAGUUAAUUCAAGCUUAAAUGAAGUGAUUGAGGCCGCAACAUCUGCUGAUAUUCACAACAAAAUAACUGGCUUUCCUGACAAGUAUGAAACAAUGGUUGGUGAACGUGGAUUGAAGCUUAGUGGUGGAGAAAAACAACGUGUAGCUAUAGCCCGGACGUUAUUGAAAUCUCCUGAAAUUGUUCUUCUUGAUGAGGCUACUUCGGCGCUAGAUACACAGACUGAGCGAAAUAUUCAAGCAUCUCUUAACAGAGUAUGUGCUAACAAGACCACCAUAGUUGUUGCACAUCGUUUAUCGACCAUUAUUGGAGCUGAUCAAAUACUGGUUCUCAAAGAUGGUUUAAUUGUUGAAAGAGGAAGGCACCAUGAACUACUUGAAAAAAAUGGACUGUAUGCGGAUAUGUGGAGUCAGCAAUUAAAAGAUCGAAGCAUGGAACAGGAUAAAGGCGAGCCAACGAAAGCUCAAUAAUACCCUAAAAUAAGUAUGGUUAAUAAAGUUUCAAUAAAAUCUAAAUGACGACAUUUUGGUGAAUACGAAGUGUUUAAUUUACGUAAUAAUUCUGUUAGAAUUUUAUCGAUUUCGUAUUUAUAUUUUAUUUAAAUCUAUUUUAAAUAUGAUUUUUGUUAUCGUGUACUUUAUUAAUUUACGUUGUAAUAUUCAGAUAACAAAAUGUUUUAAUUAGAUUAUUUUUUUCGUCAGUUUUUGUUACUUGGUCAUUAUUAUGUUUUGUUUGAGCAACAUUAAAACUUUGUAAUAUAUUUUUUGUAAAGAUGUUUUUAACAUUUGUUUUUAUUUUUGUUUUUUUUUUCUUAUAAGUUUUAAUGUUCAUUAUAUGCAAGUUGUAAACGUUUUUUAUUGUUUAAUAAUAAAUACGUUUAAAUUUUCUA